CGCAUCCCGGAGCGCCCCGCGCGCGGCCCCGAUGCUGGACAUGAGCGAAGCGCGCGCGCAGCCGCCCUGCAGCCCGUCGGGCACUGCCAGCUCCAUGUCACACGUGGAGGACUCGGACUCGGAUGCGCCGCCUUCGCCCGCCGGCUCUGAGGGUUUGGGCUGCGCGGUCGGCGUGAGCGGCGGCGGCCGGGGCAACGCGGGCGAGGCUGCGGCGGAGGAGCGCUUCCCGGCCUGCAUCCGCGACGCCGUGUCGCAGGUGCUCAAAGGCUACGACUGGAGCCUGGUGCCCAUGCCAGUGCGCGGCGGCGGCGGCGGCGCGCUUAAAGCCAAGCCACACGUGAAGCGCCCCAUGAACGCCUUCAUGGUAUGGGCGCAGGCGGCGCGCCGCAAGCUGGCGGACCAGUACCCGCACUUGCACAACGCGGAGCUCAGCAAGACGUUGGGCAAGCUGUGGCGCCUGCUGAGUGAGACCGAGAAGCGCCCCUUUGUGGAGGAGGCUGAGCGGCUGCGGGUGCAGCACAAGAAGGACCACCCUGACUACAAGUACCAGCCACGCCGGAGAAAGAGCGUGAAGACCGGCCAGGGCGACUUGGACUCCGGUGCCGAGCUGGGCCACCACCUGGGCAGUGGUGCCAUGUACAAGGCCGAUGUGGGCCUUGGUGACAUGCACCACCAUGGCGACAACACAGGGCAGACCCAUGGGCCACCCACCCCCCCCACCACCCCCAAGACAGACCUGCACCACCCAGGUGGGGGUGGCGGCAAGCAGGAGCUUAAGCUGGAAGGUCGCCGCCUGGUGGACAGCAGCCGCCAGAACAUCGACUUCAGCAAUGUGGACAUCUCAGAGCUGAGCAGCGAGGUCAUCAGCAACAUGGACACCUUCGACGUCCAUGAGUUUGACCAGUACCUGCCCCUCAACGGCCAUUCGGCCAUCACCGCUGAGCCGGGCCAGGUGGCUGCUGGCUCCUAUGGGAGCGCCUCCUACUCCCAUGCAGGGGCGGCCACCAGGGGGGUGUCCCCAGCUUGGGCCCAUAAGGGGGCCUCGUCAGCCUCAGCGUCGCCCACUGAGGCAGGCCCCCCACGGCCCCACAUCAAGACAGAGCAGCUGAGCCCCAGCCACUACAGUGACCAGUUGCACGGCAACUCUCCCAGCCACGCUGACUACAGCUCCUACAGCGCGCAGGCCUGCAUCACCACGGCUUCCCCCUCCGUGUCCUCUGGCUCCAUCCCCGGCUCGCAGUGCGAUUACACCGACCUGCAGGCCUCUGGUUACUAUGGCCCGUACCCUGGCUACCCUUCCAGCCUGUACCAGUACCCCUACUUCCAUUCAUCCCGUCGGCCCUAUGCCUCACCCCUGCUUAACGGCCUGUCCAUGCCGGCUGCGCACAGCCCCACCAGUAACUGGGAGCAGCCCAUGUACACCACACUGACCCGGCCCUGAGGGGACCUGUUCCUGGCCACAGGGAGGAGAGACCUGGCGAGGGAGGAGGACACUUUCUCUACAAAGAAAAACAGUCCUGGAAAUCUUCCGGAAGAUAUGUGCUCAGGAGGGUGGAGGAAGCAGCCGCUGGCGUCUGCGGGGAAACCACGUUUGGUUACGGGUGUCCCUGUGCUUCCAUAUCUCCAGAGUCUCACCGAGACAGCUAUUUCUUCCUUUUCCCUCCCUCUCUGCAAUGACGGGCUGGUGACUCCAAGAUGAAGGAUGGCCACCCGGUCACUGUUCCAGAGGACCCUGGACACCAGCACAUUGGCUUCGUGUCUCUGUCCAUGCAGGACAGCCAUUCACAGCACAGAGAAUACAGGUGCCGGCUGCAUUAUGGAGGCCUGGAGGAUCUCCGGGACUGGCUGAUGAUGUUAUCAGGGCAACUACAGAUCACCUGGGAUUCACCACGCGAGCAUCUCUUGGGACCAACCAACCCGUGUGCACUGAGGCGUUUCUUGUAGUCAGAGCUCUUCCAAGCAAGGUUUGACAGUGAUUAACACUCAUUUUUUAUUUUGGAAGCAUAAAAGUGUUUGGUUCAUUUUGAACGCUAUUGAAAAUGUAUUUAUGUUCUGUAUUAUUUUAUGUUUAGUUAAUGAAGUCAUUUGUGCAAAGAGUAGAUUUUUAAGACAGAAUCGAAGUUGCAGAAGCUUAGCAAAGGGGAGGUGGGGUUGACGGUCUUGUUCCAGGCACGUGGAGGCUGCUGGGGGAGGCCUGGGCAGCUCCUGCCUCUCUGGGGCUGGAAACCCGAGGGAGGAGAAGGGGUUUGUCUUGUGUCUGUGAUCAGGUUGCAGCCCCUCAGCUAGGUCAGAGUCUGGAAGUUAUGGGCAUUACGGAACCUUGGUCCCUGCCUACACCCACGCUGAGCUGCACAAGACUGGAAUUUUCUGGGAAGGGUGGCUGAAGAAAUGCGUAUAUUCAGCUCUUAGGAACCAGGUGUCACCUGCCAAAUGGUAAAACUGAAGCAUUCUCUGCUGAACAUUUUUAGCUCCUUAGUUGUAGACGAAUAACACCUGAUUUACCUGCACUGCUUUUUCCACCGUAUGCUGAGCAUAUGAUAACCGCCUACUUCAUGGACACCUGUGCCUUGAAAACUUUGUAAAUUUAAAUGCAUUGGAGAGGUUGCUUCUUUUUACUUUUUCUACUCUUUCUUACCUUUUUCUAAAAGACAUUUUUUUGUUGUUUUUGUGUAUUUCUUGGGGGGUGGGGAACUGCAGCAGACUCAUUUUUAUCAAUCUAUUUUUCUGUGAGUUUGCAACUACUUUGGAUGUCACUUACCUGCUGUGUCUCACUACUUCCUGGCCAAGCAACACUAACUUUCGUACAGAUUGAUUUGAUAAAAAUUAAAAACAAAAAAAAAACGCUUUUUAUCUACACGGGGUGUGUUUUGUGCAUUGCUCCUCCCACCCGGGUAUGAAUGGCCACGGGGUCCUUUGUGGAAGGGAUUGGGUGGCGAAAGCCCUGCCAAGGGCUUCUGAUGGCUUCCUGGCUUAACCCUGAACUCGCCCCUGAGUUAGAGAAAAAACAAAACCAAACCCGCUGCCGUCGAGUCGAUUCCGACUCGUAGAAAGGCUUGUCUACAUUCUCAGGAGGAUGUGGUCACUGGAGUGCCCGCCCCCCAGGUCCCCACCAAGGGUGGGGGAAGCUCCCUGGCCCAAGGGGAGGUGGCCAGACGUCACUGUCUUUCACUGAUUCCCAUCUCAGAUGCUCUGGGAAGCGGGGUGACAUGUCUUCCUUUCUUGGGGGGCCUCUUCAGUAGCAAACGGGUCCAGAUGGAGCAGACUCAGGCUGAGUUUUCUCCCAGGCAGGCCCUGGAGCUGGUUUCUGGGUGGUGGUACUGUGCAGGGAGCUGGCGGCAUUUUCGGCCCUGGCAUGCAGCCAGCUGGGAGCUGCUUGAAAGCCCUGCAAGCACCCGGUGGAAUUUUCUGCUUGGCAGAAAGCGUUUCUAGGGAGAAAACAGUCUGGAGAGUCAGGCCUGUCCCCCACCAGGCCACAGGGGUACACUUGGGGGGCUUCCCGGGUGGGGGAAGCUGUGAGGAUGUGGGCUCCCCGGGGCUCUCAGUUCGGGGUGGGAAGAGGGUUAUGCUUCCUCAGGCAUCCGAACACACAAGGCAGUGGGGUCUGCAGUGGGGUGGCCAGUUGGAGGGGUACCCUCCCUGCUGCUCCUCACCUACUGGCACCCAUGCGGCUGCCCUCCAGACCCUGCCCCUUGCCCCUUGGGGAGCCAUGUCCAGGCUGCCAGGAGCAGUGUUUGGGAAGAGCUGCUCUGAUUUAUGAGCAUCUGUGAGGCAGGGCUGUGCCAAGCAUGAGUGGGGCGGAGUCUAGGGAUAGGGCUGCUGAAAGCUGGGCGCAGGGCCGCCUGCUGCCUGCGUGGAGCCUCCCAGCCUGUCCUGUGCCCAGCCAGGGGCUGGCUAGGCCCAUAUGGCCCUCGGCGUUGAACCCUCGGUGCUCAGCUGGCCAAGGCCAGCUCGCUGCCCCUCUCUAGUGCCGAGUUUGCCUCGGCCGUGCCAGGUUCCCAAGGACCCACAGGCCCUGCCAGGCUGGCUGUGCUUGGGCGGGCUCUGAAGGUUAACUCCUGGGGGUCUGGGCUCCUGACACUCACAGGACAUCCUCCCAGCUCCCCUGGUGGGAGCAGCCCGAGCCCUGGGUCUGGCCUAUCCUCUGUGGAUCUACUCAUAUUUAAACUUCCUGAAGUUUUGAUAGGAGGCACAGCCAGCCCCCCGCCGACUCCGUGCCCUGGCUAGGCUGGGGGACACCAAGAAGCUUUGUCCCCACUUCUCCAGGCCCUUCCACAGCCCACCCGGGCUCGGCCUCUGCCCCUGCCCCUCUCAAGAGAGCCCAUCCCAUCCUUUCCCAUGACAGCCGAGUGUGCUUCCUGGGCCAGCCCUUCCCCUCAUGCCUCAGUUUCCUCUCCUGUGAGAGGGGAGGUUUGGUCCCACCCCCCUCCACGGCAUUUCCAGACCGACCUGGCUGAGGGCUGCUGCCUUCUUCCCCAGCAGGUCUCGAAGACAGGGGCCCGAUUGGGAGUGGUUGAGUGUCGAACUGUCAGGUCAUGAGGGAUGGACAGUGAUGACCGACAUCAGUGCCCAGACAUGCCACCCAGCCCCUGGCUGGUGAGUGCCAAGUGCAGGGUUCAAUGCCUGGGACCUCAGGCCUUGCCCAGGCCGCCCAACUGUCCCCUCCAAUUGGCCAUCAGGAGGAGUCAGGCAUGCGGGGGUUCUCAGCAGUACAUUUUCCCGGCCAGCCCCUUCCCAACCUCCACCGCCCUGGCCAUGGGGUCACUGCCGGGCAUCCCACGUGGGAGCAGAGAAAACCUUCCACUUCCAAGAGAAGCGCUGCGUCUUGGGGACUGAGCUUGUUCCUGUUCAUGGAGAAGUGAAUAGGACACAUGCCAGUUUGAGCAGGGGGCCUGGCUGAGCUAAAGCAGAGGGCUGGGCGAGAAAGAGACCCAUAGCCAGAGGGCCCUCUGUCCACCCUCUCUUCCCCCUCAGAAUUUCCUCCGGCAUUGAGGCUGAGCACAUGGCUAGGCUCUGGGGGUCUGGGGUCUCUCUGCCUCCCUGAAUAUAGCAUUCUCAAGUGACACCUGGGAGUGGGGGACUGGGAGAGGCCCCUCAGGGCAGCCCUGGUCCUCCACUGAAUCCCAGCGUGUUUUGCAGGAGACACGUCCAAUGAAUAACGUUAUUCCCAAGGCCCUCCUGGGCCAAGCCUUGCCCCAAGUCCAUCAGCGUUUGACUAAGCUUCUGAGGGUCUGGUUCUCACCAAGAGCAGCGUCCCAAUGGCCCGUUCCAGGAACAGACUGGGGGUGCUCCCCAUUUUCAUUUCCUCCCCAGAACAGGGCACUGCCUCUGAUCUCCACUGAGCAAAUGCACUGUUCAGACAGAAAGGGGAAACAGCUGUCCCGUCCAUCCCCUACGCCUGUGAGCUGGAGAAGCCCCUUCGGGCCGAGGGGAGCUCUUGCCCUGGAGUGAUAUCUGCUUUCACGGGCAAAUCCGCUGUUAGCUGUCCACUCUGGGAAGGGAGAAGGGAGUUGACAAGGGGCUUCCAAAGGAUGGGGGCCACAUGCCCACUGGCCUGGCCUCUCCUGGCCCUCCUGCUCCAGGUGAGACCUGCAGUUUCCUCUGUCAGGAACCUUCCUGCUGCAGCCCUUGGAUCCCCCCACGUCAAGGCAGUGCAGGCAGAAUUAGAUGCUCUUCACUGUCCAGCAAGUUAGUUGACUUCCUUAUGACUUGAUUCCCCCACCCUCCCCACCCUGUGACCACAGGGAUUAAUUGAGGAGGGCUUGGUGUGGCUGAGGAGUGGCAUGUGAUGGGCACAUUCCUGCCUGUCUGCUGAGGGGCCAGUCAUGCCCAGGGCAGAUCCUGUCCCCAGGAGUCUGGGGUCUUCUUCAUUCCCCAACAUCCCCCUGUGCCUCUCAGCAACUUGUUGGCUCAGCCCCCCUCCAGUCCAGCCUCGGCGGGGGGGUCACCCCAGGGCAGCCUACCUGAUCCAGGGGCCACCCAGAAGUCCCAAACGAGGGCUGGUUUUCCACAGGGCACAGGCCUGGGAAAGUGCAAGGGGCCUCUUGAGCCCCCCACCCCCACCCCACUGAGGUGCCCUAACUGGGUCAGCAGUGUUCUUCCUGGGAACAGCCCUGACAGCCGUCCGAGCUCCCUUUGCCGAGGCCCUACAGGCAGGGCGCCUGUGCCAUGUGUGGCAGCAUCAUCAGGCUCGAGGACUCCUCAAAGGGUUAAGGGCACAGUCCGCUGGCAUGGGGCCAAGUGCACCAGGAGGUACUGCAUCUUAAUGAAUCAUUAUUGCUGGGCGCCUUUGUCUUUCUUUAUCUGGUGCACAAUAAAAGAAUUAAUUGGACAGAAAAUGGCAGGGCAAGGAACUGACAAGUCAUUACGAGUUGCUGAAUGACAGAUGAGCUUCGCUCCGGGGUGGAUUUCUGCUCCGGAAUGAUAAUGGCCAGGAGGGGAUAGGGUCUGUGGGGCAGGCACUGCGAUGUGGGAUGUGGCCAUUGUGAUUCCAGUCAGGACACCGGACAGGGGUGGCUGGCCGAGCUCUCCAAGGCAAAGCGGGGGACGCAACCUGGCCAGGCAGAGGGUUUAUUCAUUUUUGUGUCAGAACACAGGAUAAAUAUUUAGGCAUGGCAAGGGCAAGCAAACUUUUCUUCCUGGCUACGGGAAGAUGGCGGUGGGGUACAGGGGGUGCUCCACAUUAGGAGAAGUAGGUGGAGGAAAGAGAAGAGAGACGGGAGGAAUGGAAAGGGGGGAAAGAGAAGGGGGAAGAUGAGGAGAGGGGAGGGGAGCUAAAGGGAAGGGAGGGAGACAGGGUCGAGAGGAGAGGGGAGGGCAGAGGGGGAGAGGAGGGGAGAGAGGAAAGACAACGAUGGGGAGAGAAGAGGACAGAGGAGAGGACAGGAGGGGAGAGAAGGGGAGAUCAGAGAGGGAUGAGACAGGAGGGGACAGGAGGAGAGGCAAGAGGAGAGAAGGGGAGAGGGGGCGGGGGGACAGGAGGAGAACCUUGAAAGACACAUGGGAGACCGUCUCCCCAGCACUGGCUGCACCAGUUGUAGCUGCUGCUGACAUCAGGUUAUUUAGGAGUCACCUGGAAAAGCCACCCACAGGUCCUGGACCUCCCACCCAAGUCCGUGGAGCUUCUCAUGGGUCUGGGGCCUCUGCUAAGUGGUCAGAACAGAUGCGUCCAGGCUGGGUUAUUGCAGGGCCACCCCAGGGAGGGAAGACAGAGGCUCGUGGACUGGGGAUGUGGUGUUGGGUCCUCAAGAUGCUCAGCCUGUCCCGUGUCUGUGACCCAGUGGCCCCAGGGAGCUGGAUUUGAAUCUUGGCCUUGAGCACCUGGUUCCUGGUCUCCUACCUCUGGUCGGCACCUCUGUUUCCACCUCCAGGCAUCUCAGGGCUGGGCUGAGGGUGGCAUUGGAAGGGGGGUCCCCCCUGCCCUGGGGGAGGUAUCUGUCAGUCAGUCAACAACCCUACCCAGGCUAGGACACCACCUGUGGUGGGCAGUGGUCUCCACCAGGGGCUGUACCAGCCCCCAUCCUGGGCACAUGAAGGUCCCAGAGGGGCAUGUAGCCCACUGAAAUUACACACCUUCUUCAGAAUUGCUGAGCAGGACUUGAACCCAGGCUGGGUAGGUGGGCUGUGUCCCUGGGCGCUGCUAGAUGCCACACCUGGGCUGGUGAGACCUUCAAGGGGAGGGUAAGCCUGGUGCCCCUGGGAAGGGAGCCUAAGAGGGGCUGAUCCAGGUGGGCUCCACCCCAAGGGGAGCUGCCCUGAGCACAGAUCAAACCCAUUUUUGGGUACGUUAUGAGCAUCUCAGCAGUGGGAUAAGGCAUCCGGGGACCAUGAGGGGCAUUGUCAUUGCCUUUGUAAUUCACCAUCUGAUGGUGGUGUGUGCGUGUGUGUAUGUGUGGAUGUACCUGCGUACAUGUGUGCAUAUACAUGUGUGUGCACGUACAUGUAUGUGUGUGCAUGUGCAUGUUGGACAGAGGCCGACCUGGCCUUGCCCUUCUUCAUUCCAGCAGAACAGGUGGAUACAGACAGGACGAAGGACCAGGGGAGCCUGUGUAGGGACCCCACCUGCUUCGCAGGAUGUCAGGGGAGGAUCCCUGAGAUGCCUCUGCUGAGUCUUGUAUCUGCGCAGGGCUCUAGGGGCUUACCCUUUGCCCUGUGAUAAUCCAGGUGACUAGCAAUGUCCUUGGCUCUUCACGCAGCCCUGGCAGAGAAGUAAAAGGCAGCCAUUGCCCCAGUGGUGGAGGUCCAGCCAGCACUGGCCAGGCUGGGCCAGGUCUGCUGCUGUAACAAGCAACCCGCCAAGGCCAAUGACCCUACACGCCCACCAGCAUCUGCUCUGGGGCCUCCCUGCCCCAAUGCACAAGGUCUGGCCAGCCCUGCACUGGCUUUCUGCUGCUCUGAGCAGUGGACAGGCCCCUGCCAGGCCAGUGAGUUGAGGGCUAUUUCUACAGACUUUUCCCAGAAUGUGCCCCUCUGGCCGCUGGCCCACACGGGGGGCCACUGGGUGCCUGUCCUCUCCCUCAUCUCCAGAUGGCCCUUGCAGUGCCCACAGAGGAAGUACUCAUAGAGAGUUCUAGUUAAGAAAUGAUCCUGAGCUGAGGAAAGUUUCUCUCUCCCACUCUCCCUACCUUCUUGGGUCCCUGAGGGAAGGUAUGCAGGCACCUUUGGAUCACAGGAUGCUUGGAUCCUGCCCUGCAAACACACCAAGUGACAGAGCCAGGGAGGGCCUCGCAGGAGUCCCCGAGAGCUGGCUCUGGGUGGCAGGGGUGGGGUGGGGCACCAAGCCCGGCCUGGCCUCCUCUGCUGUGUCUAGGUGCAGGACACCUGCCCAGGCCUUGCAGGAGCCGUAGGGAUGCUGGACAACCUGAGCAGAGGUGGUUGGGGGGAGUGUUUCCUGUCUUUAAAUACCAGCCACGCUCCCUGUCCAGGCCAAGUGGAUGUCCCAGACCCACGCCCCAGACCACCACCAAGCCAGUACCUUGAACUCCAGUUUCAGGUGUGCUCAGGGUGUCAGGGUUCCGCAGGCGCUGCCCCGGGAGGGAGACCCUGCUGUGGAGAUUGCCGCUGGCACUAGAUUCAGCAAUGGGGAGGUAGGUGGCCUCUCCCUCCUGGAGGAAAAGUCACAUUCUCACCAAGCAGAGUCGAGGCCGGUCUUGUUUCCUUUUAAGAGUAGACAAAUUGCAUUUCGAUUUGCGAUGGCAUUUCUUGGCCUGGCUCCAGCUCUUCUCUCUCUGGCUGUGAGAUCCCGGACGGAUAGACCCCUCCCUUGGGCACCUGUUUCCUGUUCCUUCCAUUUGCCUACUAAUUCCGCAGGCCGUGGGAGGUGGCGGACAUGUGGGAUGCAGGUCUGGGCGCCCAGGCCACUCCCUGCCUUGUUGUUGUAUCGUCCACUUGUUGCAAAACCGCAUUGCAUGAAGCCCCCAGGACUGCCCCACGGAAUCCCUUUUUUGAGUCUGCAAAGUGCACCCCUCACCCCACCUUAGCCCCUUGGUUGCCCUGGAGACAAAGCCACAUCCUCCGCUUCCAGAGCACAUGGCAGGUCUUCUCAGGGGCCCUGAGUGUGGAGGCCAGGCCAGUCUGCACCCUGGCUUCAGUGGGAAUCUCUGCUACUAAGAAGGACCAAGUCCAGACCAUGCCUGAACAUGCCACCAUCAUCCUCGGCUCUUGGAUGUCCACACUUGGCAAGGCCCUUCAUAGGGAAAGAUGUGUCUGGGAGACCCAGCCAGCCCUGGGUGCUUGGUCCAGCACUGACUGCUUUCUGGGGUGCAGCAGGGAUUGGGGAGGGUAUGGAGUUGGAUGCUCAUGUGUGCACAGCCGGGGACAUGUGCUCUGCCUCUUGUUGCCAGAACCCUGGAACCCUCUGCCAGUCUGCUCCGUGGGUGGCUUCUGGAUCUGUGACUUGCCAGGAGAAAUGAUAGCUCCCGCUCAGAAGCACCUAGUCUGCGCUGGCUCAGUCUUAAGCCCUCUCGUGCAUGAUGUUAGUGGGACUCUGGUACCCCCUUUUACCUCCAUCUUAGAGAUGGGCACACUGAGGCUCAGAGAAGUGCCGCGCCCACCCUGACACCACACAAUUACCCCCUGGAGGGUGGGGGGAAUCUGGUUAGAAUGACUAGGAGGAGCCUGGGGCAUUUUUAGGGCGUGGAACUAUACUAAUACUGUGAUGAAGGUGGACACAUGACAUGUGCAUGUGAACCUAAUGUAAUUACAGAUGGACCCUAGUUAAUGAUGAUGUAUCACUAUAGGUACAUCACAUGUAACAAUGUCUCACACCAAUGCAAGAUGGUAGGAAUAGGAGAAAGAGCACAGGGGAGAGGGUGCACCGAACUCCCUACUUCUUGCGCUAUUCCUAUAAACCUAAAACUGCUCUAAAAAUUAAAAUAUACAUUUAAAAAAAUCUAUUAAAUGAAAAAAAGAAAUCAGUUUCCCAGUGAUCCCCCCAUGCCCCACAGUCCUGCUGGAUGGGAAUCCUGGGGUUUCUGUGGGCAGGAGAAUGUGGACCCCCAGCUGCAAAUGUGUCUCCCCAGUGCCCCCAGCCUCCAGCAAGCUGCACUGCCAUUCUCAGGCCUGGGAAAUGGGGAGGCCUGUGCCCCCAGGGUCACAGUGAAGUACCAUACAUUUGCAAACUGCAGGCACCAGACACCCAGGCUGACCAUCAUUGUCAUCGCCCCUGGGGCACUUAUAGGAAAUAGCGCAUAAAUCAAAGCUCAGUCUUGGCGGGCAGCAGAAAGCAGCAGUCCUUGGGCUCAAGAAGUUCCCGGCCCCUCAGUCUCCUCACCGUCCCCUCCCCUGGGGAAGCGGGUGAUUGGAUGUCACAGCCUGUGUGGACCUGGCCUCUGUAUGAAAUACAACAAAGACACAGUUUCCUGACAGUUGUGGGGUGUGUUGUGUUCCGCUGAAAGACAUGCUGAAGUCCUGACCCCUGUACCCGUGCCUGUGACCUUGUUUGGAAAUCAGGUCUUUCUUUGCAGAUGUUGUCAAUCAACAUGAGGCCAGCAGGGUGGGUCCUAAUCCUACUCCCUCCUGAGUGGUGUUUCAUAGAGGGAGACAAGCAUGGACACACAGUCACACACAGGAUGAGGCAGACCCCACGUGAAGGUAUAAGCCAAGGAAUGCCCAGGGCUUCUAGAAGCUGGAGAUAAGGAAGGAUCUUCCCCUGGAGCCAAGAGAGCCUGGCCUUCCUGAUGCCCCGAUUUGGACCCCAGCCCCCCGAACUGAGAGAGGAUAAAUCCCCCAUCCCAAAUCUCCCCUUGGCCUUGAAACCCCCUGCAAACCGCCACAGCGACAGAGGCACUGGAGAGAAGCUGUGGACGGAGGAGCCACUCCAGAACAUUCCGCUUUUGGCUCUGAGUCACCGGGCCAGGCAGCCAACACAACGGUGAGCUUCACUCCUGGUAGGCUUAAUCCUUUUUUUUUUUCCUCCCUCCAGAAGUCA